GGCGCCUGAAGUCAUGUAUUGAGAGAGAGAGAGAUCGGCCAAACAUCGUCCAUCUUCAGUUGUCACUAUUCAUCGCGCUGCAGUUACAUCGAUACUUACGUUAGUUACUUAUUACAAUAGCAGUUAUGUGAGUUUAAAAAAAUCAAUGAGAUAACUGUAUACCGAAGAUUUACCAUGCAAUUUCUUAACCUGGAACUCACAAGUUAAAAGUCUAGGAUAAAAUUCUCGAUUCAAAGUCACUCGGAAUAAGUAGGUUAUAUACAAACAUAAUUCAUAAUCAUCGUGUUGAUGACGCAACAACUGCAAAAAUGACGACAUUGAAGCAUGAUAUUGUACUACCCAACAAAAUCCCAGAAUUAUUACUGGAAAAACAUGUCCAGUAUCUCAUCUCUUAUGAAAGUGAUAAAGAUGAAUAUCAGUCUCCCAAGAUUUAUUUGCUUUUCAGACUUACUGUAUGACAGAGCAUAUGAGGAUGUCUGGCAUGUAUUGGGGCCUUACUGCGCUAGAUGUAAUGGGAAAGUUAGAAAAAGCUGAUAAGCAACGGGUAUUAGAAUUUAUUGGUCAAUGUCAAAGUGACUGUGGUGGCAUCAGUGCCAGUGUGCGGCACGAUCCACAUUUACUUUAUACGCUCAGUGCCAUUCAGAUAUUGUGCAUUUACGAUGCACUGGAUGUGAUAGAUGUCGAGAAAGUUGUAAAAUAUGUCAGAGAGAGGCAGCAGCCGGAUGGAAGUUUCACGGGUGAUUAUUGGGGAGAAGUGGACGUCAGAUUUUCAUUCUGUGCUGUCGCUACUUUAUCGCUUUUGAAUCGCUUGGAUGCGAUAAACAUCGAUAAAGCGGUAGAAUUCAUAUUGAAGUGUAUGAAUUUUGAUGGGGCGUUCGGUUCGAAACCGGGGUCCGAGAGUCAUGCAGGUUUGAUAUAUUGUUGCGUGGGAUUACUUUCUAUAACAGGUCAUCUGCAUUUAAUAGAUGCAGAUCGUUUAGGAUGGUGGUUGUGCGAAAGACAACUGCCUUCGGGCGGUUUGAACGGUAGACCGGAAAAAUUGCCGGAUGUGUGUUACUCUUGGUGGGUUUUAUCAGCGUUGGCGAUCUUGGGACGCCUCCAUUGGAUAGAUAAGAAGCGCUUAGUGAAUUAUAUCUUGACUUGUCAAGACGUUGAAUCCGGCGGUUUCAGCGAUCGACCUGGUGAUUUAGCCGAUCCUUUUCACACGUUGUUCGGCCUCACCGCGUUAUCGUUGUUAGACAAGCACUAUUCGUUGAAACCGAUCAAUCCCACGUAUUGUAUGCCAGAGUAUGUAAUCCAGCGUUUAGGUCUCAGGCCGUCGAGGCUUGAUGUGUGAUUAUACACAUUACGUGUAGUGCAUGUUAUACAUUAUUUCUUAUCUACGUUAAAUAUACGAUUGUAGAUUUUCAAUAAAGCGUAUCUCUCUCUCUCUC